AUGCAAGUGGAGAGCAUUGGAGGAAAGCGCUAUGUCUUUGUUCUAGUGGAUGAUUACUCGCGAUACACUUGGGUCCGCUUCAUUCGUGACAAAUCUGACACCAUGGCGAGUUUCAAGAUUUGGGCUCUUCAAGUUAUCACUGAGAAAGGAAGCCUCAAGCGCAUACGCAGUGAUCAUGGGGGAGAAUUUCAGAAUGAGGUCAUGACUAAGUUCUGCAAUGAACAAGGCAUAGCUCACCAAUUUUCGGCACCUAGAACACCACAGAUGAAUGGAGUAGUGGAGCGAAAGAACAGAACACUUCAAGAGAAUGGCGCGUGUUUCAUUCUGAAUGACAAGGAUCAACUUGGAAAGUUCGACUCAAGGAGUGAUGAAGGCAUAUUUCUGGGUUAUUCAGGCAAUAGUUCAGCUUACAGAGUCUUCAAUCUUCGGUCCAAGAUGAUUAUGGAAAGUCAGCGAAGCAGAAACGAAGCAGAGGAGGUUCGUGAAGAAGAAGAAAAGGUUCAUGAGGAAGUCUCUGACACAGCUCCUGAUGUAGGUCUCCCACUGACACAAGUUCACAGAAACCAUUCCUCGAACGAUCUGAUUGGAGACAUCACUGAGCCACGAAGGACGAGAGGAAUCAAGAUGAACUAUAAGCAGAUGGUCAGCAUGGCAAUUAUUCAAUUUGAGUGCUUUGUCUCUGCCAUAGAGCCACGAAAUCAUCGUGAAGCACUGGAAGAUGCAGAUUGGAUCAUCUCCAUGGAAGAGGAACUAGAGGAGUUCGUGAGAAACGAUGUAUGGGAGUUAGUGCCACUACCUGAUGGUGUGAAGUUGGUACAAAGUGGAUCUUCAAGAACAAGACAGAUGAUGCUGGAAGCAUUGUACGAAACAAGUCAAGACUUGUUGCGCAAGGUUACUCACAAGUUGAAGGAGUCGACUUUGAUGAAACCUUUGCCCCUGCUACGUCAGAGGAACUGUGGACAAAACUUGUUCACACUUGAGAAGAAGAAUGAGAUGAUGAUGGUGCAGAUCUAUGUAGAUGAUAUCAUCUUUGGAGGAACUUCAGAGAAGCUGGUGGAAAACUUUGUGAAGAGUAUGACUAAGGAGUUCAAGAUGAGCAUGGUGGGAGAAUUGAAGUACUUUCUUGGACUUCAAGAGGCAAGAACACCAAUGAGCACCACGACAAAGAUUGGAAAGGAUGAACAAGGAGAAGAUGUUGAUGUGAAGCUAUACAGAGGAAUGAUUGGAAGCUUGCUUUACCUUACAGCAAGUCGGCCUGACUUAAGCUUCAGCGUUGGAGUGUGUGCUCGCUAUCAGGCCAAACCAAAACAGUCCCAUCUUCAAGCGGUGAAGAAGAUCUUGAGGUAUGUCAAGGGAACUGUCAAUCUGGGGAUCUUUUACUCCAAAGGAUCCAACAGAAAUCUUGCUGGAUAUUGUGACGCCGAUUGGGCAGGAUGCGCAGAUGAUCGGAAAAGCACAAGUGGAGGUUGUUUCUUCCUUGGGAACAAUCUUAUUGCUUGGCUUAGCAAGAAGCAGAAUUCUGUGUCACUAUCUACUGCAGAGGCUGAGUACAUUGCAUUGGGAAGCUGCUGCACACAGCUUAUAUGGAUGAGACAGAUGUCAGCCGAUUAUGGGAUGGAGUCUGGACCCUUCUUGGUCUACUGUGACAACAAAAGCGCCAUUGACAUAUCAAAGAAUCCGGUGCAGCACUCAAGGACUAAGCACAUUGACAUAAGACACCACUUUGUUCGUGAAUUGGUGGAAGAAAAACAGAUUUUUCCCAAAUCGAUUGAAGGAGUCAAUCUUGAUUCAAUGGUGACCGCGACUAGACGAGGAGAAUCCGUCCAAGUCAAGACCGAUCCGAGACGCAUACCGACGGAUCCGCCUCUACGCCGGUCCAAAUCGACGAACCCGCCGCUCAAACGACGAUUCAAGAUCCUCACCGCCGAUAUCACGAUGAUCGACGAAGCCGUCGACGAGUAG